AUGCCACCACCAGGACCGCGGCCAUCCUUUCUCAUCUGUAUCGUCACGUGGGAUGAGAACAAAGACGCGCGCCCGAUGACCUCGACGGAACUAAAGAGCUACACGGUCCGUCCGUUGCUCUGGGAGGAGUUGCCCCUGACCAAGCCGCUUCGCAUAGAAAACGGCGUGCUGAUGGGAACUCAUCAGCUGGAGACCUACUGGAAAGUGGACCCUGGCAGCAUCUACGGAGCCAUCACGGAGGACGGCGAGCUUUACGGCGCAUGCGCUGUCCCGUUCGUGGGCACGGAUAUCGCGUACCUCUGCCUCAUGGGCGUCGCAGCACCGUACCGAAGACGUGGUAUCGCCACUAAGCUCAUGGAGACGGCUAUGCAGCACGUGGGCACCCACAACAUCUACACGCACUGCAUUCCAGAACAGGUGCAUUUCUUCAGGGACCGCUGGAACUUCCAAAUUUACAUCCGGGAGCUCAAGUCUCUGGGACCCGGAGUGCCGAAGACGUCCAAGCUCACGCAGGCGGUUUCGGGGGUACAGGUUCAGGAGUUGACGCCACAGAUUUUGCCACUCGUGGUCAAGUACGACGAGUUCGUCUUCGGAACGUGCCGCAAGAAAUUCGUCGAGACUUCAACCGGCGAACGUGACGCUCGAACGGUCGUGGCUUGCCGGGGCUUGAGUCGCGUCUGCGGCUACGCCAUCCUGACCACCACCAUGACCGGGCACGCCGUAGUGCGAGGCAUUUACGCAGACGCCGAAGACAUCGCCGAGCUGCUUCUGGUGAACCUGCUUCGAGACUCGCCGUACUCCUCGACCAUCACCAUCAUCGUGCAGAUGAGGAACAGCGAGGAACUGUACUUUGAGCAGAAAAUCGGACUCCAAAGAACCAACGACUUCAAGACGCUCUUCCGCUGGCCCAUGAAGAACGGUGAUCUCACCAAGGUUUAUGCGACAGCGCUAUAG